AUGGUACCUGAUACUAAACACGUUACUGCUGGACGACCUCCUCCAAAGAAUUCUGUCUGGGGAACUUCAGAGUUAGCAACUACACCGUUCUGGGAAGAAAGUGGCCUUGGUACUUGGAAGUAUACACCAAAAGUAGACCCACCAACUCCUCAAGCUCAAUCAUCACCAACCUCGGUUUUUUCUUCUCGUUGUGAAACUGCCGCUUCCAAAUAUGCUACUCCAGCUCCAGCUCCAACUCCAUUUAUUGCUGCUUCUGCUCCAUCACCAACAACGGUUCAUGGUACCGUCUCAUUAUCCGAUCCUGAAUCUGUCAAGCCUGCUGUCAAAGUAUUUUUACAGCUCAACAUUGAAUUGCAUCCUGGUGUUAGUGCAGUCCUUCUAUUUUAUGAAACCAAUGAUUAUCGACUAUUAGUACGUGAAUUUGCCGCAAGACAUGGCCUCACAAUCACUUCUGAAGCUGAAAAGUCCUUUGCGCAAAACAUUGGACAAAUGAUGGCGAAUAUACGACAGCAAAAACAACGUCAAUAA